CCCUUUGGGGUGAGGGUGCCGCCGAUUGGCUGGCUGUGCAAACCCGGAUGUAAUUCCCGCACCCACGUGCGUGCUGAGCCCCAUGCUGGCUGUGCCGGAACGGGCUCUUCUAUGGCCCCUGCGCUGCGGGGUGUUGGGGCCCUCCUGCGGGUUGCUCCCCGCUGGCUGUCUCCGCGGGGCGCUAGAGUGUCGUCUCAAGCGGGGGAUGUGCCCUGCGGAGCUGGGGUGAGGGUGCGGUUCGCGCCCAGCCCCACAGGCUUUCUGCACUUGGGUGGCCUUCGUACUGCUUUGUACAAUUACAUUUUUGCCAGAAAACACCAAGGGUCUUUUAUCUUGAGACUGGAAGAUACGGAUCAAAGUCGCGUGGUGGCUGGGGCUGCAGAAGGAAUAGAGGAUAUGCUGGAUUGGGCAGGUAUCCCACCUGAUGAAAGUCCUCACAAGGGAGGCCCGGUUGGGCCCUAUCAGCAGUCUCACAGACUUGAGCUGUAUAAGAAAGCCAGCGAGGUUCUUCUGGAGAAUGGCGCUGCCUACCGCUGCUUUUGCACCCCUCAGCGCCUGGAACUGCUGAAGAAGGAUGCGCUACGGAAUCGGCAGACACCACGGUACGACAACAGGUGCCGACACUUGAGCUCAGAGCGAGUGGCUGAGAAGUUGGCGCAGGGCUCUGACUACGUGGUCCGCUUCCGGCUGAAGGAAGGUAUGGAGCCCUUUCAUGAUCUGGUCUAUGGAUGGAGCAAGCAUGAAGUAGCUACCGUGGAAGGUGAUCCAGUGAUCUUAAAAGGGGAUGGCUUCCCCACAUACCACCUGGCAAAUGUGGUGGAUGACCAUCACAUGGGAAUUAGCCAUGUUCUGCGUGGAACUGAGUGGCUUACUUCAACAUCCAAGCACCUUCUUAUCUACAGAGCCUUUGGCUGGGACCCUCCUCGGUUUGGCCACCUUCCGUUGCUCUUGAACAAAGAUGGCAGUAAACUGUCCAAAAGGCAGGGAGACAUUUUUCUAGAACAUUUUGUUCAAGAUGGCUGCUUGCCACAAGCUCUACUGGACAUCAUCACCAACUGCGGCUCUGGAUUUGCAGGGAAUCAGAUGGGCAGGACACUGGAGGAGCUGAUCUUGGAGUUUGACGUGGGCAGAAUUACCACUCACUCAGCCCUGCUGGAUCUGGAUAAACUCCCAGAAUUCAACAGGAUUCACCUGGUCCAGCAGAUUGGAGAUGAGAGGCUACGACGAAAGCUGGUGAUGGAGCUGCAGAUGCAGGUGGAGCAGGUCUAUGGCGAUCGGCUUGUGGACAGAGAGGUUCUAGAGAAGAAUUAUGUGGAGCGAGUCCUCCUACUGAGAAAAGGUCACAUAAACCGCCUGAAGAACUUGGUGGCGCCUGAAUAUUCUUACUUAUGGGUCAGGCCCUCAGUGUCCCGAGAGCAGCUGCAAACCAUUUCAGCAGAAGUAGAUGAGAUAGGAAAGCUAGUAAUAGGGCUGAUGGAAGGGCAGACUGCUGCUCUGACUACAGAAGGGUUAAAUGAAGACCUGAGAGGCCUGCAGGAGCAGAUGAGAGGGACCGAGUACAGCAGCAUGAUGAAACUCCUCCGCUUGGCCCUCAGUGGACAGCAGCACGGACCAAGCAUUGCUGAGAUGAUGGUUUCCUUGGGACCUAGAGAAGUGUGUGAACGGAUAAAGAAGGCACUCUCCAACUAGCAAGAAGCUUCCUAGAGGGAAUGGCUCCAGCAGACAGCACUCCCCUUCAGACACUCUGAGCCCCAUGUAUUCUUCAGUACCCCGGCCUAAAUUCUGUGGUCACAGUGUUUCAGAGGAACUGAGCCUUAUAUCAUGCUGAAUUUGUGAGAGUGCCAUCAGCACAUUUGCAGAUCUCUGUGUGUCUUCAUGAGGCAUAACGUAGUUCAUAUAAGAGGUGCAACUGAAUUCAGAUUCAAACUUGCUUCAUUGUCUUCAUCUCAUGGGACCAGGCUGGCAUUCAGAUUGGGAUAUGGAGUCCUUCAUCUUAACUGUAUGUUCAAGUCUAGCUUAGCAGUGACUGAAAAUGGUUACUUCUGAUGGCUGUUUGAUUUCCCAUAAGCCACCAGGGUGGUGAUCUCAUUUUGGAGCUGUGUCCACAUGACCCAGAAACCGUCACAGCUGAUGCUAAUUAGCCCCCAGUUGACAAUGUGAGCAGAGAGAUCACUUGUAAAUGGGCAAUGUAGAUUUGAUCCCCUUUGCCAUACAAAAUGCCCUUCCAGUCUGGCUUGAUGCAUGUUGGUGGGGACUGUUGUGUGAAAGAAGUGUACACAUUCCAUUGCCUCUGUUUUGUGGAUGACUCGAGGACUUUUUUUUCUAGCACUGUAACCUGCAUUUUUCAUUAAUACUUAAUUCUACUUUUUAAAAAGUCCCUGAUGUUUUUGAACUGGACCCAGGAAAAGAUAACGAACAGCAGUUUCUUUGCUAGAAUAUCACAGUGCACAUUAUCAUUUCCAGUUGGAGCUUUAAAAAUCAAAUUGCUUUUUUUGAACAAAUGCACUUUCAUUCUGACAUGAAAUUGGGAUGCAGGAUCCUUUUCUUGCAGGUAAUCUUACCUGCCUUCCCACCAUCCCCCACCGCCCCCCCUUAACAUGGCAGAGAAAUCAGGCACAUUUGUACAGCUGUAUCUAAAUGUGAAGUGAAUGUGUAACUCUUUCGUAUAAUAAAAAUCUGUAAAUGUUUUA